ACAUAAAUUAAUAAUGUAUAUAUAUAAAUAGGUUAUAUAUUUCAUUAAAAAAUAAUUUAGUAAACCACUUUGUUUCUCCUCUGUGCCAAAUAUGGUCACACUAAGCUAGGUGGUAAGAAGAAGAAGAAGCGUGUUUAUUUACUUUUCGGAAUGUCGAACUCUGGAGAGGAUUUCCAGGUGGUAACGCGUAAAAAAUGGAUGGCUCGUAAGUGCCUGCGGAGGCGAGAUCGCCAUAAAUCUGAAAGCGAUUACUUAAUCGACUGCCCGGAUGUGAAUGUGGAGAAAUUUCAGCCGCGUCUGGAGAACUUGUGCACCGAGAUGUGCCAGAGCGACUAUUUUCUGGUGGCCAUGGAAACACUGCAGCAGCAGCUUGAAGGCAUUAAGAAACCGUUGGAACGUAUUGUUUGCCUGGGACUGGGACCCUUCUCCCGCACCUACCAUGCCCUGCAUCAGGCUGCCUUUGUGAUUGGACUGCAGCGGCAGCACAAGAUCACAGAGGCCUUGUACUACGAUCCCGUCUUUAGAGACAGCGAGAGGGAACUGAUCCAAAUGUUUGGCGGAAUUAUAAUGAGCGAAGACUGCGCGGGCAAGCAUGAGGCGACGGUGCCCACGCUCUAUUAUCUGCCGCACUGCCCCUACGCUUUGAUGCAUAACAUCCUGUGGUCCAAUUGGAAGCGGGAGACACUGCCCAACGUUUUCCUCAUCUCGAAUAGCUUCGAAAUGCUGACCAUGACGCCGAGAAACCGGGAUGACCACAUAACAAGAAUAGUAGAACAUUGUACAGAGACCCCACUGGAAGAUGACUACGAGCACCAAAACGUAUUCAACGAUUUGUCGCUGCACACGUUUCCCCAGGAAUCCUUGCCCGCCAACAACGACGAAGCGUUCUGGAAACGAUGUGCUCCCUUAAAGGUGAACGAGGAUGAGCUGAUCACGGAAACAGAGACGAACUUUGCUGCCCUGAAGCUGGAAUCUGAAUAAAUGAGCAAAGAUUUGCAUAUAUAUCCAAA